UUUUUUUGUUUUUUAUUGUUUUGUCAAUUAUACAUAAUUUUUUUCAGUGAGACACAUAAAAAUUAUUAAUUGCUGUGGAAAAUAUUAAAAUAAAUUAAUUGUGCCAUUUUUUGACCUUUAUAAAGUAAAAAUCUUAAAUAAACGAUUUGAAGUAAAUUAUAUAAACAAAACCAUGGAUAAUACAAAUUCAGUGCUAUUACCGCAUAUUUUAGAAAGUCUCAGUCAAAAACCUGAAUUAUGUGAUACCUAUGAAAAUCUUUGUGAAGAAAUUGGUUAUGUUUUGUCCUCUCACAACUUGAAACAACAAUAUGGCAAUGUUGAAAAUGCCUUGGAAAGUGCUUUAGAUGUGGGCCGAAAUUUGGGUAUAAUAACACUAACAGACGAUCUAAUAAGGGUGCCAUUUAAUCUAAGUAAAAGUGCUAAGGGUGCAGCAGCAGGAAAAAAGAAGAGUGCAGUCAAACCUAUUUUAUCACCCACAGAUGAAUCGGAAAACUUUAUUAUGCAACCCAGACGUACACAUACUGUACGACCAGCCAUGAUACCACAUGGCCGCCGAUCUAGAAGAAUUUCACGAAGUCGUCGUCGUAGACGUAGUGGUAGACGUCGUUCUCGUUCUAGACGUCGUUAAGUAAAUGUCUUUCUAAAAUAUCGUAAUAAAUGUUGUUAAAACAAAUUUUUUUUAUAAUAAAAUUGCUAAUGUACUUAUGUUUUAUACAUA